AUGAGAAUCAGCCGUAAUAAGACUGGAGGAGGGAAUUGCUACUUUCCACCUGACGAAGUCCUGGACAAAGUGGCAUCUUUAUUAGGCAACACAUGCACAGGUUUUUCUGUGGAGUUUGGUGGGGAUGCCACCAUUCCAAACGUUUCUUUGGUGAUGGCUGAAAUAGAGAAUGAUGUAGAGGUGAUAUGUAAUGAAACGCUAGAUGAUGCUGAUGGUACUUAUGGUGGAGGUGGUGAUAAGAGGGAGGUGUUGAAAGAAACACAAUUACUUGAGACACCUCCCCCCCCUAAACAUAAAAUUUUUUACAUAAGUAAAGCUAGUGGCAGUGGUGCAUUGGCCAAGCGGAAACAAAGGAUGGAAGAGGAAAAGUGUAAGGCCCGCAUUAUGAGGGAAAAUGCUCUUACCGAAUAUUUAGUUGUUAAGAAAAGAAAAAUCGAAUUAGAAAAUGAGGAAAAGGAGUUACAUAUAGCUAAACUUAAGUUAGAAUUAGAUAAGGCUAGAUUAGAAAUGUUUUAA